GCUACAGUCCUGUACAGAGCUUCACUUCCGGAGCGCGUUUUGGAAAAGAUGUCGUUAGAAAUGCAGCAAUAUUUUAUGUAUUGGUGAACCAAAACAACUACGUAAACUUAUUUUGGGACCCAUUUGGUUUCAGCUGUUAGGCUAUUACGUGCAGCAAUAUGGAUAUCCCCACACCCCCAGAAGAUCAAGAGCUGAAGAAUGUCAUCGACAAGCUGGCCCAGUUUGUUGCUCGAAAUGGGCCAGAGUUUGAGAAGAUGACGAUGGAGAAACAGAAGGAUAAUCUCAAAUUCUCCUUUCUGUUUGGAGGGGAAUACUUCAGCUACUACAAGUGCAAGCUUGCUAUGGAGCAUCAGCAGCAUCCCUCUACCCACGAUGGUGAGGAGUAUAAAUGUGAAGACCUAUACAACCCAGGAGCCAAGGACGUCAUUGAUGUCCCUCCACCAAUGCCCAUCAUUGCCCCGCCCCCGAUCCUAGCUCCGCCCACGCCCGUUCUUGAGGAGCUCAUCCAGCAGAGCCAGUGGAACCUUCAGCAGCAGGAGCAGCACCUACUCACACUCCGUCAGGAGCAAGUGUCGGCAGCCAUUGCCCUUGCGGUGGAGCAGCAGACCCAGAAGCUGCUGAUGGAGACCCAGCUUGAUGUCACCGAAUUUGACAACCUGCUGCAGCCCAUCAUCGACACCUGCACCAAAGAUGCCAUCUCGGCUGGUAAGAACUGGAUGUUCACCAAUGCCAAGGGCCCACUACACUGCGACCUGAUGACCUCACACCUCCGCAACCGCAUCACCGCAGACUCUGCCCACUUCGAGCUCCGCCUGCAUCUCAUCUAUCUGACCAAUGACGUCCUCCAUCACUGCCAGCGGAAGCAGCAGCGUGACUUGCUUGCGGCGCUGCAGAAGGUGGUGGUGCCCAUUUACUGCACUAGCUUCCUGGCUGUGGAAGAAGACAAGCAGCAGAAGAUCACCAGGUUGUUGCAACUGUGGGAGAAGAAUGGCUACUUUGAUGACGUGACAAUUCAACAGCUCAAGAGCCCAGCACUAGGCCUUGGACAGUACCAGGCGUCCCUGAUCACGGAGCACGCCGCGGCGGUGCAGCCGGUCCAGCUGGCCUUCCAGCAGCAGAUCCAGGCGCUGAAGGCGCAGCACGAGGAGUACGUGUCCAGCGUGAAGCAGCAGGCCGCGGCGGCCUCCGCCCAGCUGCCCGGCCCCCCGGGUCAGCCUCCCGCCCCGGGCGAUGGCGAGCAGGCUCUGCCCAUGACCGCGCAGGCCGGUGAGAAUGCACGCCAGAAUGGUGACGGGAAAGGCCCCAGCGCCGCCCUUCCUCCAGGGGACUAUGAGGGGCCAUCUAGGCCCUCCGACCCCGGCAACCCUUCAGGACCUACCGACAUUUCCUCUUCCAAGCCCGCCUGGUUCGACCCCCAGCACUUGGGCCAAUGGAACCCCAAGCAGCCGCCCCCCUUUGACCCCAACCAGCCCCCACCCCCAUGCCCCCCCUGGAGUGGCCACGACGGCAUGUGGAACGAGGGGAGGGACCAGGGCUCUUGGAGCGGAGGCCCUCCCAGAGAAAGCGGGCCGUGGAGCGGGCCCGGCGGCUCGGACCAGGGCCCCCCCUCGUGGAACUCCCAGUAUGACCAGCAGCCGCCGUGGGGCAACCAGCAAGACCAGCCCCCGCCCUGGGGCCAGAGGGAGCCGCCGUUCCCCCCCCGCAUGCAGAGACCCCCGCACUUCAGAGGGCCCUUCCCCCCCCACCAGCAGCCCCCUCCCUUCAACCAACCGCCCCCGCCCCACCACGGCUUCGGCCGCUUCCCGCCCCGCUUCAUGCAGGACGACUUCCCCCCGAGGCACCACUUCGACCGGCCGCCAUACCCCCCGCACCACUUUGACUACCCCCAGGGAGACUACCCACAGGGGGACUACCCCCAGGGAGACUACCCCGGAGCGGAGCACCCAGACAUGGGUCCCCCACCCCACCACCACUCCAAUCAGAGGCUCCCUCCCCCGGGUAUGGGCGCAGAUCACCCUCCCUGGGGCGCCAACCAGCACCAAGACUUUGGCCCACCGCCCCACGGCUUCAACGGACAGUCACCCCACAUGCGCCACCGGCAGCAGCAGCAGCAGCAGCAGCCACCACAACAGCAGCAGCAGCAGCAGCAGCAGCAGCAGCAGCAGCAGCAGCAGCAACAGCAGCCGCCGCCACAGCAGCAAGCCCCCCAGCCAGCCCAAGACGACCCCAGUCUGGUCCCCAAUGUCCCCUACUUUGACCUGCCGGCUGGACUCAUGGCUCCACUUGUUAAGCUGGAAGACAACGACUACAAGGCCCUGGACCCCAAAGACAUCCGGUUGCCCCCUCCAAUGCCUCCAAGCGACAGACUGCUGGCCGCCGUGGAGGCCUUCUACAGCCCCCCGUCCCACGACAGGCCCCGCAACAGCGAGGGCUGGGAGCAGAACGGCCUGUAUGAGUUCUUCAGAGCCAAGAUGAGAGCCCGGAGGAAGAAGGGCCAGGAGAAACGCAGCAGCCCCAAUAAAGGUCAAACAAAUGCCCCAGAGUCUUCUGACGGUCACGUGACGAAAUCCCGCCCUCUCCCCAGUGGACGCGUGGGCACCGGCAGCCGGUCCAGGAGUCGCUCUCGGAGCAGGGGAAGGUCCUCGUCCCACUCCAGCUCCCACUCCCGCUCCCAGUCCUCCAAGUCGUCCCGCUCCAGGUCCCGCUCGUCUCAUUCACGAAGCCGCUCGCGCUCAUACUCGCGCUCCAGGUCUAGGAGCCAGUCCAGGUCAUCCAGAAGCCGCUCUCGGUCCAGGUCGCGAUCCCGCUCUCGCACGCCCACCAAGAAGCGUCCUCGCGGGGAGAAGGCCGGCAGUACCUCCCCUCCCGCCACAUCCUCCACAUCUGCCGCAGCACCUGCCGCUCCUCCGAUUCCGCCCGACCCCCGGCUAGGAGAGGAGAACAAGGGCCACCAGCUGCUCAUGAAGAUGGGCUGGAGUGGCUCAGGAGGCCUGGGAGCCAAAGAGCAGGGCAUCCAGGACCCGAUCAAGGGGGGCGACAUCAGAGACAAAUGGGACCAGUACAAGGGUGUGGGGGUGUCACUGGACGACCCCUACGAGAACUACCGGAGGAACAAGAGCUACAACUUUGUGGCUCGCAUGAAGGCACGGGAGGAAGUCAAUCGGGAUGCACCGGAGGCCCCCCCCGCUGAAUGAUGUCCCACGACCAACCCAACGGAUGACACCCAAACAGUUUCUCCUUUUCUUUUUUUAAAAAAAAAGGUCACCAGACCAAAAUUAGUUUUAGAAAUAAGGUAUCAUUGUGAUUCAAAGGUGUUGUAAUAAUAAACUUAGGUUGUCCUACUUGAAACAUG